UGGCAAGAAAUAAACAUCAUGUAACAGGAUCGUGUUUAUUGAAUCGUGAAAUAUUCUGUGUAGAUUGCCUUCCAUCGCGCCGGUGGAUCCAGUAUUCGUUUCGUAAGAUUCGAAUCCAUUCACUGCCAAAAUGUUUCACAUUUACCGGACGACAGUUCGCCCGAGGCGGACGCCCGUGGUUGGGUUCCUCCGACGGAUACUUCAGCCACCCGGGCGAACAGCCUUCCCUCGACCAAGCUGGCCAGUUCGGUACUGCAGUGCAAAUGUUCGAACGUUCGAUACGAUGCUGUCAGCAAGGCGUACAGAGGCAAGGCGAAGCAUACUGGUGCAAGUGAGCAGCGAACGAUCGUACAACGAGUUGUACCACUACUGCUCACAGUUUGGAAACAUUGAAACCGCGCACCAUUAUCGCGUGGAGGGCGAUUCGGACGGAGAUUGUCAUUACAUCCUCCUCGAGUACAGCAGCACCUCGGAGGCCGAUGCGGCCAUGCAAUCCGGUGUAUUCAGCACAGAACGACCCGGUGUAAGAGCGCGGUCCAUAUUCAUGUGGUUCCGUACCGGCCCAAAACCGAAGCUAGUCGUCCAGGAAGAACCAAAGCGACCACUCUCGCCGAUCGACGGGACGCGAUCGAUCGAGGAAGCCGAUCUGAAUGAACUCCUAUCGGCGGCGGAAACAAUCGACGAUCAGGUGAAGGUGUUGCAUCGGGUAACGAUGCUAAACGACCUUGGUAAAAGGCUUCGGUUUUUAGCGGUACGUCAGCUAGAAUCUUCGCUUCAGGGAAUGUUCCCUCAGGCACUGGCCCACCCUUUUGGAUCCUCCGUGAACGGGUACGGUCGGAUGGGGUGUGAUUUGGAUGUGAUACUCGAUCUGGACUCGCGAUCGGGUGAACCACCGGAUCGGAACUCCCGGCUCGUGUACCACACGAAAGCAACCAACCCAAACGAGAGGACUCAGGUGCAGCGACAGCUAGAAUCCAUUGGGGACGUUCUGCAACUGUUCCUUCCGGGGGUCAAUAGCGUACGGAGGAUACUGAAAGCUCGCGUCCCCAUCGUGAAGUAUCACCACGAGCAUCUGGACCUGGAGAUCGAUCUCACGAUGAACAAUACCGCAGGCGUGUACAUGUCCGAGCUGCUCUAUCUGUUCGGGCAGCUGGAUGAGCGUGUCCGGCCGCUAACGUUCUGCGUGCGCCGUUGGGCUCAGUCGGUCGGACUGACGAAUCAAGCUCCCGGCUAUUGGAUUACAAAUUUUUCCCUCACCAUGCUGGUCAUGUACUUUCUACAGCAGCUCAAAACUCCCAUCCUGCCAUCGAUCAACAAGCUCAUUCAACUCAGUGCCGCUUCCCAGCAGCAAGACACGCUGUCGUUGACGAGGUUCGGCGACAGCGGGGAGGCGGGAUGGGCGCUGGCGUUUCUCAAAAAUCCCUCUAUCUACGGAUCGUUCCAGAGUACGAACACGUCCACGCUGGAGCAAUUACUCGUGCAGUUUUUCGAGUUUUACUCGGCGUUCGAUUUCAGUCAGCGUGCAAUAAGUCUAAACAUCGGUGGAUCCAUACUAAAACCCGACCACAGCCCGAUGUACAUCGUAAAUCCACUCGAGACCGUGCUAAACGUGAGCAAAAACGUAAAUCUCGAGGAGACGGAACUAUUUCGCAUGCAGGUACGCAAUGCCGUCUGGUUGUUGGAAGCGAAUGGGAAGGAAACGUCGACGCCAGCUGGUUCUGCAGGCCGGGCAGCAGAACCGUGGGGUCUGGUGAGCCUGUUCGGUCCGAAGCAGCAGGAACGCAUUACGCCGCAAAUGUUCUUCACCAAACGGAUGCUUAAUGUGAAGGACAUUUUUGAUGAUGUCCCGUCGGACGAAACCCAAUCGGAGCACCAGCGACAGUAUCGGAACCCGGCGAUAAAAAGCCAAAUAGCUGCCAUUCAGCGAGCGACAAAAGUGGAAAUCAGUAAGUUAAGCACGGGAGCGCGACCGGGAAGUACGACCGAAGCAAGGGCCGCCACAAUCGAGGGAACCGGUGUGAAGCUAAAACGAAACACGAAACGCCGGUGAUGAAUGGAAAAGGGGCACGGUUUAGAGGUAGGAAAUAAAAAGCACACACCACGUGGUCGUUGUGGAUUGUUG